AUGGUUUCCGACAAGGGUUUGGUCUGUGAAGAUGUUCUUCAUGAACUUUUUCCUGUCGGAAUGCAUGUUCUUGCCGUUGAUGAUAGUCUAGUUUGUUUGAAACUGUUGGAGAAUAUGCUUCUCAAAUGCCACUAUAAAGUUACUACAACUACGGAUUCGGUGAAAGCAUUGGAAAUGUUGAGGGAGAAUAAAGAUAUGUUUGAUUUGGUUAUUUGUGACGUUAACAUGCCUGAGAUGGAUGGAUUCAAGCUUCUGAAGCAAGCUGGACAACUUGAGAUGGAUCUACCUUUUAUCAUGUUGUCGGGGCAUGGUGAUACGGAAAGCGUGAUGAAAGGUGUGAUGAACGGUGCGAGUGAUUAUAUAUUGAAACCGAUACGAAUGGAAGAGGUGAAGACUAUUUGGCAACAUGUUGUGAGAAAGAAGAUUGAUGGAAAAGAUCUGCAGAAAAAAAAAAUCGGCGAUGUUGCUAGGGUAUGUAGUCCUGAUACAACAUCUGAUCAAAAUGUUGCUGAGAAGGAUCAAAUUCCAGGACGAAAAAGAAAAGAUCGAAGCGAUUCUGAGGAAGAUAAUGAUACGGAUGGAUCUACCGAGAAGAAGCCUCGUUUCGUUUGGGAUAAUGAGUUGCAUAACAAAUUUGUCGUUGCAGUGAAUCAGCUUGGUUUUGACAAGGCAUAUCCUAAGAAAAUACUCGAAUUAAUGAAUAUCGAAGGGCUUACGAGGGAGAAUGUCGCUAGUCAUUUGCAGAAAUUCAGAUUGAGCCUCAAAAGAUCAGAUAAACUGUUUAGAACUGAUGCUACAUUGGAUUCUACUAGUCCUUAUUUGCAAAAGGGUUCAGUAGGUGGAAGAAGGUUUAUAAACAGCGCAUUACCAUCAUAUGCAUCACCAUCGUAUGGAUCCGGUCAAUUAGUCUGUCGGCUAAACACGCCAUCUGCAUUGAACUUCAGAAGGACGAGUUAUGGAUCGGUGCCUUCGUAUCAGUCACGGAACAACAUUAAUUGUUUCCAGAUGCCAGUGGUUUCUUCAAAUGAAAGGUUGAGUUUCUCACCGGACUUUCGAACAUCAACUGGGACGAAUCAAUUUCAGCAAAAUAAUUAUCGAACUGGUUAUUCGAAGUUAAGCUCAAUUGAGGAUCCGAAGGGUUUUGCAGCUUCUUCAAGCUUCCAAGGCUUUAAAGUUGCGGUUAAUAAUGCAAAUAGCAGUUUGGUUUCUUGCGUCCCAAGCAUUCAUCAUCCAGUAACCUAUAAUGUAAAUAGCAGUUCCUUUUCUUGCAUCCCAAGCAAUCAACCAUUGACACAUAACUUAGAACAAUCUUUGAACAACACUUUGGAUUCGGUCGUUGUGAAAACACAAUCUCCGAACAACACUUUGGAUUCACUUGGAGUUGCAGAUAUGAAAACAGAAUCUCAAUCUAUGAUCAAUCCUUUCGAUUCUGCUCCGUCUCUAGCCAAACCCGAUAGCCUACUAAUCACUCAGAUGCCGGAAACGGAGAAAUUCUAUACAGAUCCAGAAGCUAUGAAUUCAAAUGAUGAUUGCUUCUAUAAUCAAAUGUUGUCUCUACAACCAGGCUUCUUCGACAAAGGUUGCGUGUCCUUGGACGACAUAUAUUUAAGUUAA